AAAACAACAGUUAACUGGCUUUUGGUAACCAGAAAUUUCCAUCCCAUUGUUAUCCGAGGAAGGGCUAUCCCAGUGGGGUGGAGCUCUAGGUAAGCAUUUUCACUCUCGCCCCAGCCAAGGAAGCCCAGAGGCCAUUGCGUGGGUCCUGGGAAGGAGUGGAGGCGCCGGUGGGCCCGAGGGCGGUAGCCCAACUCCCAGCGCGUCCGGGGUGGGCAGGGUGCCUUGGAGCCCUGCCAGGGGCCGCCCGAGACCGCCACCGCCUUCCGGGCGGGGCCUCGCUCCUCCCGCCGCGCCGGGGCCGCUUCCGCCAUGGCGGCUCCGCUGCUGGAGGACAAGCUGACCUGCUCCAUCUGCCUGGGGCCCUACCGGGACCCGGUGACGCUGCCCUGCGGGCACAGCUUCUGCGCGCGCUGCAUCCGGGACUCCUGGCGCUGUUGCGACAAGACGUGCCCCGAGUGCCGCGAGCCGUUUCCCGCGGGCACCGAGCCGCGCCGCAAUGUGGCGCUCAACAACGUGCUGGAGGUGCUGCGCGGUCCGCGGCCCGCGCCCGACCCCGAGCCCCGCCUCGCCGACCGCGCGCUCUGCCCGCGCCACGGCCGACCGCUCGAGUUCUUCUGCCGCACCGAGGGCCUCUGCGUAUGCGGCGCCUGCACAGUGAACGACUGUCGCCGCCACGAGGUGGCGCUGCUGGACGUGGAGCGCCGCGAGCGCGAGAACCAGCUAAGAGCCAGGGUGGAGGUCACCCUGCAACAGAUCACUCUGGCCAAGACUCAGCUCCAGGAGCUCCAGCAGCAAAACAGCCUGAUAAAGAGUUCAGCCUGCACCCUGGCCUCUGUGGUCUCCAGCAGAUUCAGCAGCCUGCUGCAGGCCCUGGAGAAGCGGCAGGCCUUGACACUGAGGGACAUAAAGGCAGCCAACAAGCAGGCGCUGGCCCAGGUUCUAAAUGAGAUACAGCGGCUGACCAGCCACCUGGAGGCCCUGGAGCAAUAUGACUACAAGGUCCGGGAUCUCCUGGAGCAGGUAGAUGACAGAACCUUCUUCCAGGAAUUGCAGCAGCUCUCUGAGCCCCUAGAGUCCCUCGGGCCACUGACUCCACCACAGUGGGAUGAAGACCAGCAGCUGAGGAACCUGAAGGAAUUGCUGAGCCCACUCUGUGACCUCCUGCUGGAAGAGGAGCACGUCCCCAGGGUGGCAGGCAGCUCUACUGACCCUGGCCCCCUGGAGUCCUUGAGUCCCCUGCCUCCAGUCCCCAAUACAGUGUGUCCACUGAGGAAGAAACUCUGGCAGAAUUAUCGAAAUCUGACCUUUGAUCCGGACACUGCCAACAGGUACUUCUACCUGUCCCACCAGGACCUGCAGGUGACACAUGGUUUCCAGCCCCAGGGCCCAGCCAGGCCAGGUAGCUUCGAGCUAUGGCAAGUGCAGUGUGCCCAGAGUUUUCAGACUGGACGGCACUACUGGGAGGUGCGUGCCUCUGACCACUCUGUGACACUGGGUGUCACCUAUCCGAAACUGACACGGCAGAAGCUGGGAACGCACACUGACAACAUUGGCCGUGGGCCCUGCUCCUGGGGCCUCUGCAUUCAGGAGGAUAGGGUUCAGGCCUGGCAUAAUGGGACGGUCCAGCGCCUCCCUGGGGUGCCUGGACGGCUCCUAGGCAUGGAUUUGAACCUGGCCUCUGGCUGCCUCACCUUCUACAGCUUAGAGCCACAUACUCAGCCCCUGUACACCUUCCACGCUAUCUUCAACCAGCCCCUCUACCCUGUCUUCUGGCUUCUCGAGGGGAGAACCCUCACUCUUUGCCAUCAGCCUGAGGCCAAGCUCCCUCCAGGGCCCCAGGAAGAGGUCUCAGUGCCCAGCUGAGGAAAGCAGAUGGGAUGGAGCUCUGGGUGCCACCAUACCCAUGUGCCCAAGUAUCACAGCCCCAGUAGCAAACCUUACUUUUCAGCCACUUCGAAGGGCGCAGGGACUAGAGAGAAAUGAAAUAGGAAGCCCUAGCCCCAAGCAAAGGUUUUAGCAUUGCCCGUGCAUCUCAGGCUAGAGCAGUGCCCAGGGUAGUCCUGGGUUUACAGGACAGUGAGAGUGACAGACUAAUAUAGAGACUAGUUCACCUCCUACGGAGAACGUAUGGACCAAAGGUCAGCACCGCAGUGAACCACAAACUGAGAAGAGCAUUCUAAUGACUAACAGACUCAUUUACCCAAUGCUGUACAUUUAAACGACUUUUUUUUUUAGACAGGGUCUCCCUGUAGCCUCAGCUGCCCGGGAACACCCUAUGUAGAACAGACUGGCCUCAAUCUCACAGAGAUCCACCUGCCUCUGCCUCCUAAGUGCUGGCAUUAAAGGUGUGUUCCACCAUGCCUGGCCCAACGAAUGUUUCUGAAUAAGAAACUUUGCCCACAUGUGUGAGUUCUGUAGUAGUUCCUUUUCUGCUGCUGUGAUAAAACACUGACCAAGAGCCAGGCGUGGUGGUACACACCUUUAAUCCCAGCACUCAGGAGGCAGAGGCAGGUG